AUGGGUGAGAUCACAGAGACUGAUGAACGGGUUCAGCCUGGGAUCGAGAAAGAGGUUGGCAAGAAGAAUGGCACGGAAGAUGCUGCGUCUAGAACGCAGGAGCAGAACACUUCUCCGGAGGGGAAUGCAGAUGGCACAGCGAACUAUGAUGGCUUCAAGCUAUCUCUAUCAGGGAAACUCAUAUUUUUUACUCUGGCCGUUUUGACGUUGAUGGUCUCGCUGGAUGGGACCUCUAUCUCGGUGGCGUUGCCAGAAAUGGCAGCCGAAUUGAAUGGCUCUGCAAUGGAAGCCUUCUGGAGCGGGACUUCAUUUCUGCUCUGCUCAACGGUCUUCCAGCCCAGCACCGCCACUCUCUCCAACAUCUUCGGUCGACGGCCGCUCAUCAUCAUCUCUAUCGUAUUUUUCUUCGUGGGCGCGCUCGUCGCCGGUCUCGCGCACAACUUCACCGAGGUCCUCAUCGGCAGAUGCAUCCAAGGCGUUGGCGGCGGCGGAAUCGCCAUGCUCUCGGAAGUGGUCGUGACAGAUCUCGUACCGCUGCGUCUACGCGGGAAUUACUAUGGAGUCCUCAGCGCAGCGUAUAGUCUAGGCUCUGUACUCGGACCGAUUGUGGGUGGCGGAUUCGCGGAGAAUGUCACCUGGAGAUGGAUCUUCUACAUCAACUUCCCCUUCAUCGGCCUCUCCGCACUCUUCAUCGUCUUCUUCUUCCGCCUUCCCAAACCCCCGGGUUCUCUCCGGCAAAAGCUCCUCCGAAUCGACUACCUCGGCACGAUCCUCUUCGUCGGCAGCAUCUCCUCCUUCCUAAUUCCCCUCUCCUGGGGCGGGAUCAUGUACUCCUGGUCCUCCUGGCGAACGCUCGUCCCCCUAAUACUCGGUGCAGUAGGACUACUCAUCUUCAUAAUCUACGAGAUCUACAUUCCCCGCGAGCCGAUGAUCCCACACUCGGUCUUUACGAACCGCAGCGCCGUAAUCGCCUUCAUCGCAUCCUCCCUCCAAGGCCUAAUCCUCUGGUCCGCCCUCUACUACAUGCCUCUGUACUACGAAGCCGUCAAAGAAUUCGACCCCAUUCUAACCGGAGUCGCCCUGUUCCCUCAGACGUUCACCGUGGCCCCCAGCGCCAUCUUCUGCGGCGUGAUCAUCACCGUCACGGGUCGCUACAGAUGGGGUCUCUGGGUCGGAUGGCUCCUCUCGACCAUCGGCCUGGGUAUUCAAUGCCUCCUCAAGCCCGGAACUAGCACCGCGGGUUGGAUCUUCCUGAACAUCACCCCUGGCCUCGGGCUGGGAAUCUUAACAGCCGCAAUCGUAUGCACGGUUCAAGCCUCGUCGACGAAUCGGAACCUGACCGUCGCGGUCGCGAUGGUGGUGUUCUUUAGAGCAUUUGGUCAGGCGAUCGGCAUUGCUGUGGGGGGCGUGAUUUUCCAGAAUCGCAUGAAGGAUAAUUUACUGGGGUAUCCGGAAUUAGCUCCACAUGCUCUAGAGUAUAGUCGUGAUGCGGCGGCCCUGGUGACCGUGGUUAAAGGGAUGGGGGAUGCCGGGGCGGAAGGGCUGAGGAAGAAGGAGCUGAAAGAGGCGUAUACGGAUAGUUUGAGGGUUAUUCUGGGGUUUAUGUGUGCGGUUUCUGGGAUUGGGUUGGUGAUGAGUAUGUGGGUUGAGAAGUAUGAUUUGAAUCGGGCGUUGGGGGAGGAGGUGGAGAUUAAAGUGGAUACGGGGAAAAGGGAUGAGGAGGGGGUAGAGGGGGGUGAUGAGGGAAAAGUGAGAGAGAGGAGGAAUAGUGAUUUUUGA